AUGAAUCGAAAAAUCUUCGCAUUCUUGCUGCUCAUCUGCCAAAGUUCGGAGGCAUGUCUCACGUCGUGUGAUCCUGGAUUCGUGACAAUUCAACGCACCCCAACUGCCGCCAAUAAGUGCACCAGAAGAUUUUGCUUGAAAAUCGCAAACUCAUCGGAUGCUCUCAGUCAUUCUGAUGCUGAAGAUCUUUGUUCGAAGGACGGCGAAAAAUUGGCAAUGUUUGAGAGUCUUGAUGAGCAGAACUUGUUUAGCGAAUGUGAGUUGUGCGAUGCGUGUGCGUCGCGGUUUGCGUCUCUAGCCUCCACAUGCUAUUCAGAUCUCCAACCAAAUGUUCACAUCCGAAUCGACGGUGUCCGCCGAACCGAAUGCAUUUUACCCGAAGAUCUCAAGGAUACGGAAAAGUGCUCACCACAAACGGUGAACUUAGGCUAACUAGAUUUUCACGACUCGAAAAAAAAUUUGCAGGCAUUCAUCGCGCUUAACGCAGGCACCGAUCCAACAUUCACAUUCAACAAUUGGAGUGACAACGAUCCGAAUCACGAUUAUGUGUAAGUUUCAGUUGCGAUGCGACACACGCAACGCUGAGCCGCGUCGCAACUGACGACAUUCAGAAAUAUCGAUGAGCAAUGCUUGAUUCUUCGGAAUGGUCGAGGAACUAACGAUAUAUCGUGUAAUGCAACGCCCAACACUCAAUUUGCAACAUACAUGGCAUUGUGUGGAAAAUUUCCGAAUUGA